AUGGAUGAGAAAAAUUUCACCAAAUUGAAGGAGUUUGUACUUUUAGGGUUCACAGCUGUCUUGCAGCUACAGAAAGUGCUCUUUGUCAUCGUCUUCAUCAUCUAUGUCAUCAGUGUCUUAGGGAAUGUGACCCUGAUUUCUCUGUUCUGUGUUGAUUCUUGGCUCCACAUACCCAUGUAUUUCUUUCUCAGAAGUCUGUCAUUACUGAAUCUCUCAUAUUCUUCUGUCUAUUCCCCCCAAAUCCUAGUGACCUGCAUCUCUGAUAACGAAAGCAUUUCCUUUGCUGGCUGCCUUGCUCAGUUCCUCUUCGCUGCAGGACUGGCCUAUAGUGAGUGUGACCUGUUGGCCGCCAUGGCUUAUGACCGCUAUGUGGCCAUCUCCAGCCCCCUGCUCUACUCCCGUGGGAACAGUGUCAUUGAUGAUUUCUUCUGUGAUCUGCCCCCACUUGUGAAGUUGGCCUGUGAUGUGAAGGAGAGCCUCCAGGCUGUGCUCUAUUUCAUACUUGCCUCCAACGUCAUUGCUCCCUCUGUGCUCAUCGUCGCCUCCUACCUCUUCAUCAUCGCUGCCAUCCUGAGGAUCUGCUCUGCUCAAGGCCGCCUGAAGGCCUUCUCCACCUGUGCCUCUCACCUGAUGGCUGUCACCUUGUACUAUGGCUCCAUCCUGUACAUUUACUCCCGGCCAAAUACCAGCUACGCCCUGGAAAGGGAUAAGGUGGUGUCGGUGUUCUAUACUGUGGUGGUACCCAUGUUGAAUCCCUUGAUCUAUAGCUUAGGAAAUAAAGAUGUUAAAGAUGCCGUGAGGAAAAUGGUAGGUAGAUUGUUUUCUUAA